AUGACGGCUCACGCAAACAGCGGCUCUGGCGAUCAAGGGUCGCUGCCCCCGGUAGAGCAACUGGUUGACAGGCAGGAGCAGGCAUAUCGCACGCUUCGGGCCACCAUCGCUGCCUCUUGCGCUCUGGGUCAUCGCUCAUGCCAGGUGCUAUGGGGGCCGCGUGGCAGCGGCAAGCACCGCAUUCUGCGUCUUCUUGCUCACGACGUUCGUCGCACCCCGAACACCUUCGUAAUGGAGCUGCACGGGCGGCUGCUGAAGGACGACGAGGCGGCCCUCGGCGUCAUUGCCCAGCAGCUGCUCUCCUUCUUAAAAAGCCCGCAGUCGGCGCAACUGCGCGCGGUGCAUUACCUCUUGCGCACCGGCACCUUCGGGUUUGGCCAGCUGUUUCACUUCGAGCGGCACAUGCAGGACGACGGCAUGGUGGCGGUCGCGGCGACAGCGCCAGGACUCACCGCACGCGCUAUGGACGGUGCGGAUACGUUACUCCCGCACAUGUCUCAGCACAUGUCUGAAGACGGCGGCCGAAGCGGCGCGAAUCGGCGGCAGCGCCCGUCAACGGUGACUGCCCCGCCAACGAAAGUUCUGCAUCGAGGGGCGAGGCGUGCGCGCUGGCGCUCGAGUCGCCCCGCGCCUGGUGAUCUGGCGGACAGCAACGCGGACGAGUCGACUGAGGAUUCGGAGGACGAAGCUACUGAGGACGAAGAAGACGUGCAGGGGAGCGGCGUCAUGGUGACGUCCACCACGACAUACCUCACCGGCGGGGCAGCGAGUGCCCUGCCUCAUCUCCAGCAAGCGCUUCUCCUCCUGAAGAGUCUAGGCUGCAGCAUUGUCGUGUGCGUCCGCGACAUCGACGUUUUCGGCAUCCGCUGCGAUCAACUCCUCUACGUCCUCUCCGGUCUCAUGCACGAUAGUGACGGCGGCGGCGGCGGUGCAGGCGGCGGCGGAGGGCUGUCUCUCGUGCUGGCAUCCGCCGCGCCUGACAUCCGCCAGCUGGAGAAACGGCUCUCCAGUCGUCUAACGUGCGAGACGCGGUACGUGCCGCUGUUGCCAUGGUCCCUGCGCAACCUGCUUGCCGCUACGCUGCACACAACGGCGCAGGACGCGUCGCACCAGGUUUGCAUCAAGGAGGUCGGGCGACGAAGGGCAGAGCUAGUGGCAACACUGCGUUCUGGUGCGACGAGACUGCGACAGGGCACGGAGGGCAGCGGCAAGAUCACAAAGCGUGAGCAGGAGGCACUGAAAAAGUCGAUGGCUGACCUGGAGGCGCGACUGCACGCGAGCGAGGCCGCGCUGCGAGAAUUGCGGGCACAGCGGCGACACCUUCUCAGCCUGCUCGACACAGAGACUGCGCCCACGACCAUGACAUUCGGCGCCAACAGUGCCGGCGAGCCGGCACUGGGCUACUACACAGCUUCCAGCUGGCGCUCUUCAGCGUUGCCGUCGCCGCUGCAGCUACAGCAGCUGGCACCCACCUCUGCAAGCUCAGCGUCUUCGUCCUUUACGACUGCUCGCACCUGGUCUGUCAGCUCGCUGCACGCCCACUCCUCUCUGACGCUCGAGGUGCAGUGCGUCAUGUGCGAGGAGCUUCUCCAACAGCUCUGUUGCCCCACACGCGCGCGCCAAGCACGGGGUCCUGCUGGUGUUGAUACCGUCUGUGGCAGCGGCUGCCCUUCGCUCGCGCAACUGGUGACAGAGCUGAGCACGGAGCUCGAGCUGAACAGCAGCACCAGCUCAACGGUGCUGACGGUGCUGGCGAAUCACCUAUGCAAGGCUGCUAGCGGUGCCGUCGAUCUUCUUGGCGGAAGUGGUCGGCGCGUGCUGCUGAGUUGGUUGCGCGUACGGCUGCGGCACGAGCCCAUCCCUCCAGCGGCCCCCAGCGUCACCUCGCCCGCCCAGGGAAGCACUGCGUGCCCAGCGGGGGUACCACAGAUGAUUUUGCUGCGCUGGCGGGAGGAGGCGCAGUCCAUGGCGCUGAGCACCCCCGACCGUCGUGCAGGACUCGCCAAAGAAGUAGCGAUGAAUGAGCGCUGCGUUGGCCUUGACCUCCAACCACCGUUUGCUGUUGGAGACCGUGAGCCAGUGGCGACGGAUGGUGCGGACAUCAGCCGCUCAGAGCACCACCGCCAGCUUCCAGGGCUGCCGCCGCUGUCUUUGCUGCCCCCGAACCUACACGACCUGCUUGCCGACGGUCAGCUUGUUGGCAUGGGCUACGGCAGUCGCGAGGUGCUGCUGGUCCUCUUCUACAUGCACAUACACCACACCAGCGGCGUGCAAGAGCGCACGGUAGCCGAUCUUCUGGAAGACGUCUCCUCCUCGCUUGGGACGAAGGCGGCCGCUGCGCUAGAUCGAGAGGCGUUCCGCCAUGCCAUUCGCCUGCUGUGUCGCUGGCGGCUCCUGCGUGUGGUGGAGGCGCACUCACAGCUGCUCGAGAUCUGCGGCAGCGACGCACGACUACGCGAGUUUCUCUUGACCGUGCUAUCCAAGCAGCCCGAGUGGUGUGAAGCUGAGUUGGGCCUCGACGCACGCGAGAUCAUGCGCUUCCGCAGCCUCCUGUGA